AUGUCGGCCAAAGGCAAGGGCGGUCGCGCGAAGAAGUCCGGAAAGAGCAGCAGCAAGUCUGCCAAGGCCGGUCUUCAGUUCCCUGUGGGAAGAAUCGGACGCUACUUGAAGAAGGGAAGAUUCGCGAAGCGUGUCGGUGCGGGUGCGCCUGUGUACAUGGCCGCCGUUCUCGAAUACCUUUGCGCUGAGAUCCUCGAGUUGGCGGGCAACGCCGCACGUGACCACAAGAAGACGAGAAUCAUUCCUCGUCACAUCCAGCUGGCCGUUCGCAACGACGAGGAACUGAGCAAGUUCCUCGGCGGUGUGACCAUCGCCAGCGGUGGUGUCAUGCCCAACGUCCACUCUGUGCUCCUCCCCAAGAAGAGCAAGAAGUCUCAGUAA